AUGCACGCCCACGCUGCUUUGCUCCUGUGGUUGAUCCAGUGCACGGCGGACAUAAUACAACAACAAACCCGAACCGGUAUAAUUCCCGCCGUGCAAAAUUUCUCGGGCCUUCCCGCCUCGGGAAAUGUUGCAAAAACAUUUGAGCCUGUCACCCGAGAGUUGUCCCUAUAUGCUGUCUAGGAAAUCGUAGACAUACAGGUAGUUUUCUCUGACCCUAUGAUUCAAUUAGUAAUCUGUCUCUGACUCUUUUCUAUGAUAGAGAUGGCACAUCAGCCGCACAUACUCCGCACAUAUGCAUACUAAACUGAGAAUAAUAUGUUUGUAAACAGAUGGAGAUUGCAUGUCCUACAACUAACAGGGUGCGACACACAAAACGCCCGACUACCCAACAGUACCCAACACCUUUCGUCUGCACCUUCCCAACAUAACAUAUAUGAGACACACAAGACAGCUACCAAACUGAUUUGUUGAGCCUGCUACCCACAGGGGAGAUGUCCCUAUAUGCU